AUGGAGGGCUCACUGAUGAGGACUCAACAGAAGAUGGAGAAGAAGCAGAAGCCACAGCUGACAAGAAAACCACAGAAAAUGCAAGAUCAGAGCUCUGACUGUGUGAGGAUUGUGCUCGUGGGGAAGACAGGAAGUGGGAAAAGUGCCACAGGAAACACCAUACUGCAGAAGGAGGAGUUCCUGUCUCGGUCCAGUAUGACAUCAGUGACUGCCUGCUGUGAGAAAAGAGUAGGGAAAGUUGCUGGCAGGCGUGUUGCUGUAGUUGACACACCGGGUCUCUUUGACACAGAAGUAUCUAAUGAGGUGGUCCAGCAGGAAAUAGCCAAAUGCAUCUCCUAUUCGGCCCCAGGACCUCAUGUGUUUCUCAUAGUGCUAGCAAUUGGGAGAAUCACACAGGAAGAGAAGGAGACAGUGCAGAUCAUUAAGAAUACCUUUGGUAAUGCGGUUGAAAGGUUUACCAUAGUUGUGUUCACAAGAGGGGAUGAUCUUAAAGAUGAAUCCAUUGAAAGUUACAUUCAAAGAGGUGACGCUACAAUCCAAAAUCUGAUUCAAGACUGUGGAAAUAGGUUUCAUGUCUUCAAUAAUAAUGCCGUGACCAACAUCACCCAAGUGUCUGAGCUGCUGGAUAAGAUAGACAUGAUGGUGCAGAAGAACGGAGGAGGCUGCUACACCAAUGAGAUGUUCCAGGAGGCAGAAUUUGCCAUAAAGAAACAAUGUGAGAGAAUACUGAGAGAGAAAGAGCAGCUGCAGGAAAAACAUGAAGAGGAGAUGAAAGAGAUGACAAGAAAGAUGCAAGAGCAGCAACAAAAAGUAGAGAAACAUGAAACAUGCGAGAGAAAAAUGCUGGCCAGGCUGCAGGAGGAAUUGAAGAGGGAGCAAGAAGAAGAGAUCCAGAAGAGAAAGAAGGAAGAUCAGGCCAGGAGGGAAAGAGCAGAAAAAGAAAAACAAGAAAUGACAGAAAACUAUGAAAGACGAAUGAAUGAAUUGACCAUGAAAUAUGAUGAUGCUCGAAAAAAAGCAGAGGAAUUUAAUGAGUUUAAAAAGAAAUAUGUGGAAGAGUGUAAACUGAAACCUGAGAAACACUGUGCUCUCUUGUGAUAGAUGCUGGAACAUACCAUUACUCAAGUGUAGAUAAAGUUAUUGAGCCUUUUAAACAAAUGAUCUUUCCCCCCGUUUCUGCCCAAUUUGGAUCUCUUGGAGAAAACUGCUGAUCAUAGUGGUUAAGUGGUUAAGGUGCUUGACUGGGACCUGAGAGGUUGGUGGUUCAAGCCCCAGCGUAGCCAUUCAAUCAGGGUAGCUGUUGGGAUCUUGCGGCCCUUAACCCCACAUUGCUCCAGGGGGGUUGGCCCCUGCUUAGUCUCAUCAAUUGUAAGCUGUUUUGGAUAAAAUAAUAAUAAUUUAAAAAUCAUAUUAGCCCUGAGCCCCCAAAUAGAAUAUGAGGUAAACGACUCUCUUAUGGGGCGAAAAACCCUUUGACCCUGGCAAGAAAAAACUUGCCGAUAGGAAGAAAUCUUGGGAGGAACCUGACUAUAGGGGUAUGCCCAUUCUCCGCUGGCUGUUUGGAACUUCAUUAAAGGAGCGAUGUCAUGUUUUUUUCAGUUGAGCUUAUUUGGGUUAAAUGCUUAAAUUUUGUGUCGGCAUUUUUAAAAUCAUUACAUUACAUUAUUGGCAUUUGGCAGACGCUCUUAUCCAGAGCGACGUACAGUUGAUUAGACUAAGCAGGAGACAAUCCUCCCCUGGAGCAAUACAGGGUUAAGGGCCUUGCUCAAGGGUCCGACGGCUGUGCAGAUCUUAUUGUGGCUAAACCGGGAUUAGAACCAUCAACCUUGCGUGUCCCAGUCAUUUACCUUCACCACUACGCUACAGGCCGCCCCUAAUCACUGUCAGCAGUUUCCUAAAUAUGGGGCAAAACUUCUGAAAACAAACAUGUCCAGUUUGGCUUGAAUCUCCAGCCUGUGUUUCCCAGAAGGUAACGGGCACUCAAACUCCACCCUUGAAUGCAGAGACUGGUUUAUGGACAGCCACCCAUCCAGGCGAUCACAUUAUUCUCCAGCGAAAA